AUGGCAUUUAACGGUACUUGGAAAGUAGACAGAAAUGAAAACUAUGAAAAGCUCAUGGAAGCAAUGGGUCUCAACGUAAUGAAAAGGAAGUUAGGAGCCCACGAUAAUCUGAAGAUUGUUAUUCAACAAGACGGAAACAAAUUUACUGUGAAAGAAUCAAGUAAUUUCCGAUCCCUAGAAAUUGAAUUCACUCUGGGAGUUAAUUUUGACUACAGUCUGGCUGAUGGGACUGAACUUAAUGGCUCUUGGAACACAGAAGGAAAUAAACUUGUAGGAAAAUUUACUAGAAAAGACAAUGGCAAAGAGCUCAUGGCAUUCAGAGAAAUCAUAAAUGAUGAACUUGUCCAGACCUAUACAUAUGAAGGAGUUGAAGCCAAGAGAAUCUUCAAAAGAGGCUAA